AGAUCGAUCUGACAGGAAACUGCCCAUGAAUAGUUUCAGUUGUGGGCUUAUGAAUAUCUUCGUCGGAAAUUGAAAAGUACAAGCUCAUGUAUUGUGUAUCAGGAUUCUUGUGUAAACUCUAGCACUGAUUUAUCAUGCGAUGAUGCGAAAAACAGAAAAUUGCUAAUUUUCUCAUAAUUAAACAUGCAAUUUGAUGUAUAUUUUGAUAAGUUCCGUAGCUAUGCCACACUUUUACCAUUUGUUGCAGCCGAUUCCAAAUCCAAUAGCCCAGCUGCUCGCGAAAGGGCGUGGCGAAACUGCAACCCUGUUUAGCCCACUCGGCAAAUUUUGGCACAUCACCCUGCAGAGAGACGUAGACGACGGUAUGUACUUCGACAGCGGUUGGCGAGAGUUCUCGCAAGCCCACAAUUUGGUCGCGGGCUGCUUCGUCGUGUUUCGCUACGAAGGAAACAUGGUCUUCAAGGUCAAGGUGUUCGACGCGAGCGGAUGCCGUAAACAGUACGAUAAGAUCGCCCACGGAAUUGUGGAAGAAAUAUCUGUCGACAGCAAAGACGAGGAACCUGAUGAAGUUCUUAUUAUCGAUGAUCAGCAAAAUCUUUCAACAUGCUCGAGAAAGCGAAGGAAAUCCGCAAGGCUGAAUUCUAAAAGCUCUGCGCAGCAGCAAGGUAAUGGAGAGCCGCGCACUCCACCGGUUUUUCGAUCGAAGAAUAAAUCGGUGGAGAAGAGCAACAAUUCUGGAGACUAUCCACCGCACUUCGAGAAGAUAAUUAGACCUUACAACUUCUCUUGUUUUCGCAUGAGUGUGCCGAAGGAGUUCUGCGCGUCGCAUGGACUCUUGAGGAAGGAGGAGAUGACACUCAAAGAUCCAAAGCAGAGAUUAUGGCCUGUGAAAUUGUGGCAGGGCAAAAGGCAAAUCCGAUUCUCGAAGGGGUGGAUGGACUUCUCUAUGGGGAACAAGUUGGAAGACGGAGAUAAGUGCAUCUUUCAGCUUGUUUCCAGCGAGGUUAUGCAAGUGAUCAUACAGAAACGCCGCGCGUGAAAGUCUGACAAUCCAUCUUUAGUUACGAUCUUCGUUGAUCUUCUGUUAUCUGUUCUGUUUCAUGGUUGUUCCUUUAACUACUAGUUUUGUAUCUUUCUGGCUUCGACAUACGCUGAGAAAGUAAAAGAUUGUUAGUCUAGUGCUACUGUUCUGUG